AUGACCCUCUCGUUAGGGCGCAGCUGCGCAUGCGGCGGUCGAGUAGCUCAAGCGACUCGAACAGUCACCGGCCGAUGUCCAUCUCUGCCACUGACUUGGAGAAGGCGGUGGUUUGCCACCUCAUCUCAGAUGUUGUGCAAGUCCUUCCGAUCUACGGACGUCCGUGGCAGUGGUCUUUGGGGAAUGCAUCAGCCACAUUCCCCGGCGCGCAUGUCCUUAGUGCGCAAUCAUGUUGUAUCGACCGCUGCGCACAGAGAGAAGGGCGUGCUUCCAGGUGGAUCUCCACCGCACUCGGAUGCCAUGCUGAGUCCGGCUGGAGCACCUUCACCAACAAACUUUACACUGGACCCGCCCUUUACUCGCGUCGCCGGAGAGGAGGAGGUUUCGCCAGGUCCUUGCGAUUAUGUGUGUCGUCGCUGUUGUGCGCUUGUCUUCCGCAGCAGUAGUUUGGCCCGUACAAGUCGCGUAGGCCGACACGAGAGUGGGUGGCCGACGUUUGUGGCUCCCUCCACACCGUCCGCGCUUCGGCUUGCCACGGUGCUACAGAAGAGUCUCGUUGCGGGACUCAGCGACACAUCACGUCAUGAGUCCGUCAGCAACAUUUCCACCGGUCUCACUACGCCACGACGACCACUUGGUAUUGCUGUGCCGCACAACAGCGUCGUGCAACGCGGGCUCUCUGUCGAGGGCGACUUGGUGCGUAGGCGGGGAAGACAAAUCUGUCGGCAAGAGGCAGAGACGUGGAGGGAGGCGUGCCUGAGAGACGAAAACCACCGCGCUGACCCAGCAGUGGCGCUGGGUCUCUGCAGCACCUGCGGCACCCCUCUCUGCCACGUCACGCAGUCCGCUGCUGAAGGGACGCGGUACGUCUCCACGGCCGCGUUUAUCGCGGCUCAAGCCGAGGACACGACACGGCGUGGGUAG